CCAUAUCCUAAGGGCAGAUGAAUUUGGAGGAACAACAAUUGAAUGCAGCUUUAAUGAUGCAAUGCCUGUGCCACGACUAGCCAUUCUCAAGUCGAAGAUGUCGUCUAUGCUUAAGAACCAGACGCGCAGCACAAACUCACGAGACGGGGGAUCGAGAGAAACUGAAUCCAAAAAGACUGGUUUCUCUGAUCUCCCAUACGAACUACGAAGAAAAAUUUUUCUUCUCACUCUCCCCGAACCCCGCGUGCUCCAAGUCACCCGCAAGAAGCAGCAAGUUCCGCCUCAAACCAAUCGCAAGACCACCGCCAAGUCUCAGUCAGCCUCCUCUCCUGAGAAGUACACUGUCAAUCCUUCGUCUUAUGGUCUCCACCAUGCUUCAGCUCUGUCUAUCAACAAUGAAUCUCGAGAGAUCGCCCUCUCAAAAUUGACCAAAGUCUUCGGCGUAUACUGGAAUCUCGACAUCGACUGGCCGUACUUCGAGAUCACGCAUGAUGCCCAUGAGGAUGUUGACCUGCUCGCCGAGGUUAGGAAAGCAGGCUAUCUAAAAUUAUUCAAAAACAUCGCAAUUGAUAGAAUGCUAUGGAAUUGGGAUGGUUCCACUAAUACUAUGGAAUUCCGCGUCACGUUUGGACACAGGUUUCAUGGUUAUGAGCAUCCGUUGGAAACGUUGAAGCACUUGCCGAACAUCAAGAAAUGCGCCAUCGUGUACACAGAGCAUACUCUACAGAAAGAUAUCUUGAAGCCAUACGCGGCCUGGAAUCUUGGUCCUCCAUCGCUGGAGACGACGAUGUGGAUUGUUGGAAAAAUGGAGCCUGUUAAUAAUUGGGAUGAAGAUCUCGAGCAAACAGUAUCUCAUAUAGAGCAGAAUAUUGAAACGAGGAAAGGAAAGGUGGAGUUUGGGAAUGACGUGGAAUUUGAGGUGAUGUCGAUUCAUGGUAGGGCGAGAGAGUUUAUUCCUGAUCCGCAACGGAAAAGGGGGUUGAGUGGUUGGCAGAUGGACUGGUUUGGUUGAAGUAACGGAGGCGCCAAAUCGAACGUUUACUUUCUUUCUUAGUCGGAACCUUGUUGUAAAGAGUGGUUCAUGCCUGUACCGUGCGCUUCGUCUGGGACCUUACAAAAGAGAUCAUAAUGACAG